AUGCGAUGGUUUGGCUCGGGCGACGACGAGAAGAAGAAGAAACAGGUCGGCGAAACAUGGGCUGACUCACUGAGAGCGGACAGCUGGGGCCAAUCGCUCACCAACCCGCGCACAUUGAUACCAACUUUCGCUUUCACAAUCACGACGGUUACUGCACUUCGAUUGUACAAAACAUUCCUGCGACGAAUACCGACUGUCAAUCAUGUUAAGCCACACUAUUUCCGGCGCAAAGGAAUUUUUGGAAAAGUCACAACUGUUGGCGAUGCGGACAACUUCCGACUAUACCAUACGCCGGGUGGUAGGAUAGCGGGCUGGGGUUGGCUCCCAUGGAAGAUGGUGCCUACGAAGAGAGAGGGUUUAAGCAAUCAGACUGUAGGUCUGCCAUGUCAUUUGGGACUUUUGAGCAUAGUCUCCGAUUCCCCUUCUCUGGUUGCUAACAACUUCCAGCUUCACAUCCGACUUGCCGGUGUGGAUGCGCCGGAGCUUGCACACUGGGGACGAGAAGAGCAGCCAUAUGCCAAAGAGGCGCAAGAAUGGCUUAUCAAUUUGAUACACAACCGCCGAGUCCGCGCAUACAUCUACAGACGCGACCAGUACGACAGAAUCGUGGCGCAGGUCUACGUACGGAGAUGGCUGUUCAGAAAAGAUGUGGGGUUGGAGAUGCUGAAGGCAGGGCUGGCUACCAUAUAUGAAGCUAAAAGCGGCGCGGAAUUCGGUACAUCUGAAGCCAAAUACCGCGCAGCUGAAGAGAAGGCUAAAGCGCAGAAAGUUGGCAUGUGGGCAAAACCCACGCUGCUGCAGAAGUUGGGUGGAGCAAGUACAAAGGCACCAGAAAGUCCGCGUGAGUACAAGGCACGACACGCGGCAGCAGACAAAUUGAAAAAGACAUGA